GCAUUGGUGGCUAUAAAAAGCUUUUACUCGCCAUCUCCUUCUUUCCCCUGCUCUGCUCUUCUCACUGUAAAACAAAGCUCAACACAAUGGACACCACGUCCAGGACCAUGAGAAGACAAGAAGAUGACGACGACGACGACGAUGAAGAGUGCAACACCACCAGGAAGCACUCACGCAACAGGUUUCGGUUUCGGCCUCCUUUCUAUUUGUGUGUCGCCGAGCCUGAUUCUAGUUGGCAAGCCGGAACCUCCGCACACGGCGGCGCCUCCACUGAUCUCCGCCGCCGAUUCCUGAUUCAUCCGGAGAACUGGUGGUACGUCGUGUGGAAGCAUUUCAUUUUGUUAUGGGCCGUCUACUCUUCGUUCUUCACUCCUUUGGAGUUUGGAUUCUUCAGAGGAUUGCCGGAGGAAAUCUUCUUGCUCGACAUUGCUGGCCAGUUCGCUUUCCUCAUUGACAUCGUCGUCCGAUUCUUCGUCGCCUAUCGUGACAUCCACUCCUAUUGCAUGAUCUAUGAUCACACUCAAAUUGCUACGAGGUACCUGAAGUCUCGGUUCACAGUUGAUUUUCUUAGCUGUUUUCCGUGGGAUUAUAUUUACAAGGCUACUGGGAGGAAAGAAGCCAUCAGGUAUUUUUUAUGGAUUAGGCUAUGUCGAGCCUGUAGAGUGACUGAGUACUUUGAGAGGCUGGAGAAAGAUAUUAGGAUCAACUACCUCUUUACCAGGAUUGCAAAACUUCUUGUUGUUGAACUUUAUUGCACCCACACAGCUGCCUGUAUCUUCUACUAUCUUGCUACCACUUUGCCGCCAUCAAAUGAAGGUUAUACAUGGAUAGGCAGCUUAAAGAUGGGUGAUUAUAGCUAUUCAGACUUUAGACAUAUCAAUCUUUGGAAGCGUUAUGUGACAUCACUCUACUUUGCAAUUGUUACCAUGGCAACUGUUGGCUAUGGAGACAUUCAUGCAGUUAAUGUCAGGGAAAUGAUAUUUGUCAUGAUUUAUGUCUCCUUUGAUAUGAUUCUUGGUGCUUACCUUCUUGGUAAUAUGACAGCAUUGAUUGUGAGAGGAUCAAAAACAGAGAGGUUUAGGGAUAAAAUGACUGAUAUUAUUAAGUACAUGAAUAAAAACAAUUUGGACAAGGAGAUAACUAAAAAAAUAAAAGGCCAUUUACGCUUACAGUAUCAUCGCAGUUACACUGAGGCUGCUGUGCUUCAGGAUAUUCCAGCCUCUAUUCGUGCAAAGAUUUCAGUGAAUUUGUAUGAGCGAUUUAUGCAAGAAGUUUCUCUUUUCAAGGGAUGCUCCUUGGGGUUCAUUAAGCAAAUUGCAAUCAGAGUCCAUGAAGAGUUUUUCGUUCCAGGAGAAGUGAUUAUGGAGCAAGGAAAUGUAGCCAAUCAACUUUACCUUGUAUGUGAUGGCAAGCUGGAUGAGAUAAGGACAGAUGAUGUUGAUAAAGAAGUGCCAAUAAGGCUUUUGCAAGCAUACUGUUUCUUUGGCGAGGUUUCUUUUCUUUGUGAUAUACCUCAACCUUCAACCAUACGAGCCCGUGAAUUUUGCAAGGUUUUGCGACUUGAUAAGCAUUCCUUUACUGAAACAUUGAAGGUAUAUUUUGCAGAUGGCCGAGUUAUCUUGAACAAUCUCCUUGAGGAAAAAGACUCUGAUCUUCAGCGGAAGCUCCUGCAAUCGAACUUCUUCUUGACUGUUGAAAACCAUGAAACAGAGAUGGUUAUGAGAAUGAAUUGUGCUGCAUAUGAAGGGAACAUUCACUUUUUGAAACGUUUGAUUGAAUCAGGAGUAGAUCCCAAUAAGACUGAUUAUGAUGAUAGAUCACCCUUGCUUAUUGCUGCAUCGCAAGGACAUGUAGAAAUUGUUCGCUUUCUUGUUGAACGUGGAAUAAAAACCAAUUUCUCUGAUAAAUUUGGGAAUUCCCCCUUGUUUGAAGCCAUCAAGAAUGGACAUGAAGAAGUAGCUUCUUUACUUGUGGAUGUGGGGGCAACCCUUACCGUAGAUCAUCCUGGGAAUUUUCUCUGCAUGACUGUUGCAAAGAAGGAGUUGAGCCUUCUAAGACGGGUCUUGGAUUAUGGUAUUAAUCCAAAUGCUAGAAAUUAUGAUCAGCGUACACCUCUUCACAUAGCUGCCUCUGAAGGUUUGUGCAAAAUGGCUGAGUUGCUUCUAGAAGCAGGAGCAAGUGUUUUAUCAAAGGACAGAUGGGGAAAUACCCCGCUUGAUGAAGCUCGUAUGGGUGGAAAUAAGAAUAUAAUCAAAAUGCUCGAAGUUGCAAAAGUUACUCAAUUGGCUCUAUUAUCCCAUGGUAUACAAGAACCUCGAGCAAAAGUACUAUUACUGUCAACAGAUGAAAUUCCAAGAAAGAAAUGCACCGUAUUUCCUUUCCAUCCAUGGGAUCAAAAAUCGGAUAAAAGAGAGGGAGUUGUCUUGUGGGUUCCAAAAACCAUUGAAGAACUUGUGCAGGUGGCAAUGAAACAUCUCAAUUCUUCAAGUAGUUCCUCUAUUUUAUCAGAACAUGGGGGUAAAAUUCUUGAUGUAGACAUGAUUAGCAAUGACGAGAAGCUAUUUCUGGUGAGUGAAGCGCAAUCAAAGAGUGCAUGAAUUGAUCAAAAAAGUUGGAGUCACCACGGGGCACAGGAGAAGGGAAUAUGCAGUUACAACUAGCUUGUUCCAAUAUGCUUUUCCCUCCGCCCCACAAUGCAAAAUCCUGGAGAAAACACGGGCGGCGAGGGAGAAUAUUGGUAAGGUCUCAACAGUUAAUCAAUGUGCAUUAUAUUUGUAUGCCAUGUUGGAAACUUCGAUUGUUAUUGAAAAUACAUGUGAAGUGAACCUCCUUAACAUUCAACAACAGGUAUAGUAUCUCAACAGAUCUUAAGGCUCAUUUUACUGUUUCAAAUUCAAUUCUCUAACUAAAAGCAUGCCUGAAAAGCAUUGAUGCACGCACUGUCCUAAACCUAGACAGACUGAAUUUUGACAAUUGAGAUAUUGUAUUUUCUCUUACUCUCUUGUCAAUGAUUUCGAGACUUGAGUAUGUAGUUGUGUUAAAUAUUUAUUGAAAAAAUUUUGCUAUCAA